UUUAAAAUCCACCAUGAAACUUUGCUAAAGAUGACGUCAACAUACGGAAACGUCUACACUCUCUGGCUGGGACACACCCCUGUAGUUGUGGUGAACGGAUACCAAGAUGUGAAGGAAGUUCUGAUCACUCGUUCGGAGGAUUUUGCAGAACGGCCCAUCCCCAAUUUCCUCCAAGACCUAAUCCAAGACGCGCAAGGUAUUCUUUUCUCCAACGGCCACCCCUGGAAGCAGCAGAGGCGGUUCAGCCUCAUGACUCUGCGGAACCUGGGCCUGGGGAAGACGAUCCUGGAGGACAGCAUCCGGCAAGAGGCCAGCGUCCUGAUUGAAGCCUUUGCCCGGGAGAACGGAAAGCCGAUCGAUCCCUCCAAUCUCCUCCUCGCCGCUAUUAACAACGUGAUUGCCAGCAUGCUUUUCGGGCACUCCUUUACUUCCGAGGAGGACACCUUCCGGCACUUGAUCGACGGCUCGAAGGCCAUGGAUGAAUUCAACGGGAAGGCAUGGGCGAGACUCUAUGAUGCCUUUCCAAUGGUGAUGAAGCCCCUGCAACCUAUCCUGCAGCGAACCAUAUUAGCGCUGAGUCACUGGAAACUACUGCAGAGACUCAUCGAGAACGAAAUCCGAGAACAUCAGAAGAACGGGGUGCCUGAAGAGCCGCGAGACUUCAUUGACUCAUACCUUGCUCAAGUGGAAAAAUGUAAAGAUGACCCCAGCUCGACAUUUACAGAAACAAACAUGGUGCAAGUGAUCAUGGAACUCUUCAUCGCUGGCUCAGACACGUCUGCUAUCGCCUUACGCUGGGCCUUUCUCUACAUGCUGGAAUACCCAGAGAUACAAGAACAAGUCCAACAGGAGCUGGACACCGUCCUGGGGCCAUCCCACGUUAUCUGCUACGAGGACCAGAAAAUCCUGCCCUUGACCAAUGCUGUGCUCCAUGAAACUCAGAGAUUCAGCAGCUUGUCCGCGGUGGGGGUCAUGCACAAGAGUUCCAAGAACACCAGUGUCAAAGGAAUGUCUCUGAGCAAGGGCAUCAUGAUUCUCCCAAACAUCUACUCGGUCCAUUAUGACCCCAAGCAGUGGGAGACGCCGUACAAAUUCAACCCAGGUCACUUCUUGGAUAAGGAUGGGAAUUUCGUAAAGAAAGACGCUUUCUUACUCUUCUCAGGAGGAAUCCGAGUGUGUUUGGGAGAGAAGAUGGCGAGAACAACGCUCUUCAUCCUCUUCGCCAGCCUGCUGAGAGCAUUCCGGUUCCAGCUGCCAGAAGGGGUGAAGGAAAUUAACAGAGAGGCCAUCCUGGGGCUUGCGUUAACCCCACACCCAUACAAGCUAUGCGCCAUUCCUCGCUAG